UGGCAGAGUGGUAUCGUUUUUGCCUUUUUGCCCUUCACGCAUUUGUGCACACACGUCAUCGAUGCCCACGUUCUCUCCUGUGCAAGUCUCCGCUUGUUUCCCAAACGUUUAAUCUCUUACGACAAUAACCCAGAAAGAUGCCCAGCACACUGGACUUCAUCAACAAGCCGCUCGUCACCGCCGUUGGCGUGCCCCUCGUCCUCGGGAUGGCCAUGGGGACCAUCUCCCGCCGACCGGUGCAGACGUGGUAUAGGACCAUCAACAAGCCGAGCUGGACUCCACCGAACUGGGCUUUUCCUGUGGCCUGGACUUCGCUCUACGCUGCCAUGGGCUACUCCUCCUACCUCAUCUACCGCGCCGGCCUCGCACGCCCUUUCCUUGACACCACCACCCCGCUCCGUCUCUACGCCGCCCAACUCGCGCUCAAUAUCGCCUGGACGCCCAUCUUCUUCGGAACGGCCAAUUUCGGUCUCGCCACCGCCGACAUCCUCGCGUUGCUCGGCACGCUCGUCGCCACGACGGUCGAGUUCAGCAAGAUCGAUACCUUCGCGGCGUGGUUGCUGGUGCCGUAUGUGGCGUGGGUGUCCUAUGCGUCGGCGAUGACGGUUUGGAUUUGGAGGAAUAACCCGAAGAAGGGUCGGGAUGUGAGGAGGAAAGGGUUGUAGAAUACCUUGAGGCGUAUGUACUCUUCUCCCAUCUGGCGUACGAUUUUGAAUGUUCUACGUUCCGUGCAUAUUAUAUGCUAUAUCUUAGUACUGCGUAGUUCCAGAUUUCGCUGCUACUGUAAGCUAAACCAUCGCGCCGGCCCUU